AUGACUCGUCCUGAUAUCUCUUUCGCCGUUAAUCGUGUCUGUCAAUAUAUGCAUUCUCCUACUAAUAUUCAUUGGCAGGCCAUCAAGCGCAUUCUUCGUCACUUAAAAGGCACGGCUCAUCAUGGUCUUUCCCUCCAACCUUGUCCUGAUUACAAUCUGUUGUGUUAUAUUGAUGUCGACUGGGCUUCAUGUCCCAAUGAUUACUGCAGUUCUGGUGCUUAUUGUGUAUUCUUGGGUGCUAACCUUGUUUCAUGGUCCUCGUCAAAGCAGAGAGUUGUCUCCCGCUCUAGUACAAAAUCUGAGUUUCGAGCUCUUGCAUGUGGUGUCACUGAAUUGUCCUGGCUUCAAUUUCUUCUUCGUGAUCUCUGUAUACAUCAACUUUCUGCUCCCUUGCUGCUCUGUUGA